GGCUCAAAUUUUUCUCAUUUCCAGCUCUCAGCGUCUAUCUCUGAGUCCCUUCUUCUUCAUUUCUAGUGCCCUGCAAAAACAACCGCAACAGUGUUAGAGUCAUAAGGAUUGUGUGAUCUCGUCACUGAUCUAGUUUGUAGUUAUGGUAAUCGCUUCGCCGCCCGACACGAGCAAGACCAUAAAGCUGGAGCGCUACAACAGCUACCUCCGCCGCGUCAACAGCACCAAGCUCAUCAACGCCUCCUCCAAGCUCCUCUUCCGCGUCACCCUCCUCGUCGCCCUAGUCCUCAUCUUCUUCUUCAGCCUCAAUUACCCUCCCCUCUCCUCCUCCGACCACAGUGGCGGAUCCCACCGCCUCCACAACACUAACUUCCUCUCCUCCGCUUUCUACGGCGGGGGUGUCGGUGGCACAGCCUGGGAGAAGCAGGUCCGCCACUCCUCCACCCCGAAAAGACCCAACGGCAUGUCGGUGCUCGUCACCGGCGCCGCCGGGUUCAUCGGCUCCCACUGCUCCCUGGCGCUGAAGAAGCGCGGCGACGGGGUUCUCGGCCUUGACAACUUCAACUCGUACUACGACCCGUCGUUGAAGCGCGCCAGGCAAGCCAUGCUCAAGAAGCACGAGAUUUUCAUCGUCGAGGCCGACCUCAACGACGGGCCGAUGCUGACCAAGCUCUUCGACGUCGUUCCGCUCACCCACGUUCUACACUUGGCCGCACAGGCUGGCGUACGGUACGCCAUGCAGAACCCCCAGUCCUACGUGGCGUCGAACAUUGCCGGGUUCGUCAAUCUACUCGAGAUUUCUAAAGCUGCUAAUCCUCAGCCGGCGAUCGUCUGGGCCUCGUCGAGCUCUGUCUACGGCCUCAACACCGAGAACCCAUUUUCCGAGCUUCACAGAACCGACCAGCCCGCCAGUCUCUAUGCCGCCACCAAGAAAGCCGGCGAGGAAAUCGCGCACACAUACAACCACAUCUACGGCCUCUCCCUCACCGGUUUAAGAUUCUUCACCGUCUACGGGCCCUGGGGCAGACCCGACAUGGCAUACUUCUUCUUCACCAAGGACAUCCUCCAGGGCAAGACCAUCGACGUCUACAAAACCGUCGACGACAAGGAAGUGGCGCGUGACUUCACCUACAUUGACGACAUCGUCAAAGGCUGCCUCGGCGCCCUCGACACCGCCGAGAAGAGCACCGGCAGCGGCGGGAAGAAGAAAGGUCCUGCCCAGUUGAGAAUCUACAAUCUAGGCAACACGUCGCCGGUGCCCGUCGGCAGACUGGUGUCGAUACUGGAGGCGCUGCUGAGCUCGAAAGCGAAGAAGCAUGUGAUCAAGAUGCCGAGGAACGGUGACGUGCCAUACACGCAUGCGAAUGUGAGCUUGGCGCUGCACGACUUCGGGUACAAGCCCACAACGGACUUGGCCUCCGGGCUGAGGAAGUUCGUAAAGUGGUACGUUAGUUAUUACGGGAUCGAGUCGAGGGUGAAAACGGAAAAGCAGCGAACUUAAAAAAAAAUGAUGAGUCAGCAGGCCCGAGGAAUCCGCUUGAUUGUAUCAUCAAUCAUCACUGAUCACAUGGCCCCUUCUUCUUUUCAAUAUUUCUCUCUUCCUCUCCAUUGUUUUUUCUCUGCUCAAAUUUUAAAAAAAAAUCCGAUGCUGCUCUUCUUUUUUUUGGGGAAAGUCCUAAGUUAUUGUUGUGUGGUCCUUGGUGUACUGAAGAAUAGCUGUUCUUAUGUAUCAUAUAGAUAUAAAUUUUAUAGAAGAAGAAGACAAGUGUAAGAAGCAGAAAGAUCUUCAAGGAAAGGUGUUUUAUUUUUACAUAUAGGAAGGGGGACACAAGGUGUAGAUCUGGGAGGGGGUUGUAAUAAUGUGUGGUAGGGGGACUACUGGAAAGGAAGUAGAUCUCAGCCAUCCGAGGUGGGUGUAAAGAGAAAUAUGUGAAUUGUAACAAACAACAGAAAUGACAUCAAGAAUCUUCUUUGCCCUUU